AUGGAAUGGAUGAAGAGUCCAAUAUAUGGAAUGGAUGAAGAGUACAAGACAUGGAAUGAAUGGAGAGUCCAAUAUUGUAACACUGUCACCGCUCCUCAACCCAAACUGCCCUCAACCCAACCCGCCCUGAACCCAACCCAACCCGCCCUCAACCCAACCCGUCCCUCAACCCAACCCGCCCUCAACCCAACCCGCCCUCAACCCAACCCGCCCUCAACCCAACCCGCCCCUCAACCCAACCCGCCCUCAACCCAACCCGCCCUCAAUCCAACCCGCCCUCAACCCAACCCGUCCUCAACUCAACCCGCCCUCAACCCAACACGCCCUCAAUCCAACCCGCCCUCAAUCCAACCCGCCCUCAACCCAACCCGCCCUCAACCCAACCCGCCCUCAACCCAACCCGCCCUCAACCCAACCCGCCCUCAACCCAACCCGCCCUCAACCCAACCCGCCCUCAACCCAACCCGUCCUCAAUCCAACCCGCCCUCAACUCAACCCGCCCUCAACCCAACCCGCCCUCAACCCAACCCGCCCUCAACCCAACCCGCCCUCAACCCAACCCGCCUUCAAUCCAACACGCCCUCAACCCAACCUGCCGUCAAACCAACACGCCCUCAACCCAACACGCCCUCAACCCAACACGCCCUCAACCCAACCCGCCCUCAACCCAACACACCAAAAUUAGGUUUAUAA